CAGAGGGGAGGGACUAUGGGGUCCCACCGCCAGGGUCAUACCGCCUGGGAUACCAGGGGCAGAAGAAGCACCGUUUUCCACCACAAGCAGGGAGGUGGGGCUGCUGACCCACCAUCACUUCCUGCAAGGAAGGAUGAGCGGUCUUUCACAUACAAAGACAUCUAUUACAGGCCUUCCUUGACCAGGAAGAAGGCCAUAUACGACUUCCGGGUGAGGUGGCCGGAACUGAUUUUCCAGGAGAAAAAGGAGGGACUUCCCCUACUUGGCCAGAGCUCCUCUGAGAAGCAGGCCCGUCAGGUCAGUGCCUCCUCAUCGGUGGUCAGCAUCAGCAACACAGACCUAGAAAGCAUUCCCAGUGAGCUCCAGGACUCCAAAGGAGCGUUGGAUGUGGGCCCUCAACACUCUCCUGCAGAACCUCAUUAUGUGACCAUUCUCAACAACUAUCUGAGGCCAGAGUUAAUGACCCGGAUGGAGAGGAGGAUGAAGAGGAAGACCAUAGCAGCCCUGCAAGAGCUAGAAGAUGAAAUAGAAGCAGUUAAGAGCCGGCGGUCGGUACUGAUAACGGACAUCAAGGAAAUGCAGACGGAAAUAUCAUUGGAAGAAACAGAAAGCAAACCCUUCCUGGAGUACCUGAAACAGAGGGAGGGGGAGAGCCAGAGGAAAUAUGACUCCCUGUGGAAAGAUUACAGCCGUCAGUGUCAGGAGAUCGAGGAAUGGAGGCAAGAGCUGGUCUCUGACUUAACCUCCCGCACCGCUGACCUCCAGAAGGAGCUGAUGGGGAGCAGUAAGAUGGAGGUCUGCUUCAGGAAGAAGUUGAAGACCCUGAGGCCCGUAGCACAAAUAAAGCAGAGCCAGGACCGACAGAUCGAGGCCUUAGAGCAGGAGAAAGGCAGCAUCGUGUCUGAUAUCCGCUUCAGAGACCAAGAGGCCCACUUCCAGUUCCUGAAGGAAAAGGCCAACCUGGAGAAGCAAGUGGAGGAGCUGAACCUGCUGGACUCAGGAAAGGACAUCACCAGGGAGCUGAAGAAGAAGACCAAGGCCUUGGAGGCUAAGGUCCAACAGGCUCACAUAGCCUUCUGCAAGGGUGUCAUUGCUGAGAACAGGCAGCUGCGAACAGAGCUCCAGCAGCUGGAUCAGGAAUUCUGCAAGCUGGAUGCCAGAAGGGAGAAGCUGGAGCAGCGGAAACAGCAAUGGAAAGAGCAGCAGUGGUACCUGGAGGCCCUGGCCAGGGGGAGGCAGCGCCUGUUAGGGAGCACCACCACCCCCAAACCACAGGCCACUCCACACCCAACCCAGGGCCGUCUACGGGGUGCCAGGCCGAGAGCCACUCCUAAGUAAUGGCUGCCGUGUCCCAGGAAGGAAACCGGAGCUCAGGUUGGGAGUUGCACACCAGACUUGAAGAUGUCAUCAGGAUAAUGCAGGGGGGGGGGGGCAGACACACCAAGGGGAUGGAGGCUGAGCUCCUGAGAGAGGCAGAGGGGUCCUGGCCUGGCCUGUCUCUCAGGCUUAGGCCCCUCACAGCAGCCUGAAGGGCUCUCCUAACCAAAAGCUUCCCAGCAUACGGGAAACUUAGUUCUUUAGACUCCAUACUCUCCAUGACAAGUUCCCUGUGGUAGUGUAGACUUUGGUGCUCAAUUCCUGCUCUAGUGUGGACUUCAUGACAACAGGGUGCAUUUGUCAUCAGCACCUUCCGUACAGUCACCCCAUCUCACAGUAGUGGGAUUGGUGUCCCAGGUGGGUGCAGGGUGUUCUCUGGGGGAAAUGGGUUCUUCGCACUUGUGCGUGGCUGAGGCUGGAUUGGUCUGCAGAGCUGUGGGAUGUGAUGUGGCCUGUGGCCCCGGGUUUGGGUCCUGUGAUCCUGUGUGUCAAAAUAUAGACAGCUCCCUGAGUCCUGGGUGUUGCUGCAGACAAAAAGCCUCAGUAUUACACUGUAGAUUUUUAACUUUUACCUACCUACAAAAUGAACUCAUUUAAAACUGUGCUGCAAAUGAAAAUGAAUGUACCUUUGGCUUACAGAUUUAGCUUGCAUGUGAAAUGUUUUGUUCUUAAACAAUGUUACUGAAAAAUAAAAGCCUGGCUGUGAUUGUUCACAAUAAAAGUCUGUUUA